UCCCACUGGUUUCCUUCCUCCCUGUUUCCUUCCUCCCCGUUUCUUUCUCUGUGUUGAGGCCGAUGUCUAAAAAGCUUCAGUGGUUGAAGCCGAUAAUCCCUCAGAUUAGCGCUGCGUCAGCAGUGAGAAGUUUAUCCGUUAAUCCGUCUGCUGGGUUCGGGUUUGGCUUCAGUCGCCAUGUGGAACCGAAGGAACGCGGUCCUGCUCUCAGUGCUGCUGGCUGUGUCGGUGUCGGCCUUUGUGGAGGAGCUCGAUGAUACCUUCAUGGAGACAAGAGGAGAUGACGACGUCUGGCUCAUCAAAUUUUACGCCCCCUGGUGUUCGUUCUGCAAACAGCUGGAUCCGGUGUGGCAUCAGAUCGGAUCAGAACUCAGGAGUCUGGGCUCUCCGGUCAGUGUCGGUAAAGCAGAUGCCACAACCAGCACCGGUUUGGCUAAAGAGUUCAAGGUCAGAGGUUAUCCAGCCAUCCUCAUGUUGAAGAAAAGUGUGAAAUAUAAUUAUUCAGGACCGAGAACCAAAGACGGGAUCCUGGAGUUUGCUCAUCGGGUUGGAGGGCCGCUGAUUCGAUCUCUCAGCAGUCUGCAGCUCUUCCAACACGCCAUGAACCGCCAUGAUGUCAUGUUUGUUUAUGUUGGAGCCACAUCUCAGCUGAAGGGAAACUACACAUCAGCAGCAGAGACGAUGAUCGUUCACACCUACUUCUUCUCUUCAACCAGAGACGUCCUGCCCAAGGUGGUCUCCCUCCCAUCUCUGCCGGCUGUGGUGGUUUUUAAAGACGGAACAUACUUCACUUUCGACGAGAAACUUGACGGUGACCUGAAGUCGUGGAUCAACAGAGAACGUUUCCCAAACUACCUGAGAAUCGACAGCUACACCCUGUAUGCCAUGGGGGAGUCAGAUAAGCUAGUGGCGUUGGCACUGGUGGAGGACAAGAGUCUCUGUGAGGACAGCAGGAGGUAUAAGAGUCUCAUGGAGAAAGUGUCUGCAGACUAUAGAGACAUCUACAGCAGAGACUUCUACUUUGGUUUCAUGGAAGGGAGUGACUACAUUAAUGGACUUGUGAUGGGUGAGGUGGUGGUGCCGUCCUUUAUUGUGGUUAAUCUGUCCAGCGACGGCUACGUCCUGCCUCCGACCGCUGUAGAGACAGAGCGCCAGCUGCUUGACUUCUUGAACGGGGUUCUGGAUGGCAGCGUCCAGUUUCAGGGAGGAAACGGUGUUGAUCAGCGAGUUAGACGUUUCAUCUACGACAUCAGAGUCACGCUGACUCCCAUGUUCAGCAAAGCUCCGCUGCUCGGCUGCUUCCUGGUCGGCUUCCCGUUCGCCAUCAUUGCCGUCUUGUUUCAUCUCUGCCGUAAGAACCGAUCCACCGUGACCGACGAUGACGAUGAUAGUGUCGGGCUGCUGGCUCCAUCACUGCAGCGCCACACAAACCGGCUCGACAAGAAGUCUGACUGAUGAGGCGGAUCAGGAGGAGGGCCGUGAUCCAGACUUAGUUUCAGAACGCUUUAAGUCAUUUCAUUUGUCUUUGACCUGAGAUCAAAUAAAACAC